GGCUGCGGGACGGCGAUGGGCGCCGCGGCGGCCAAGGAGGCGGGCGGGGCCGGUGGGAGCCUCCCCGGGGCGCCCCCUCCGGACUGGCCGCGCCUGCCCAACGAAGUGCUGGCGCUGAUCCUGAGCUGGCUGCCGCCCGAGACGCUGGCCACGCGCUGCCGGCUGGUCUGCCGCCGCUGGAGGGAGCUGCUGGACGGCCCCGCCGUCUGGAAGCUGCAGUGGCGGAGGGAGCCCGCCAUGCGCGCCGCCCUCGAGGCCGCCGGCCGCUGUGCCCGCCUGCGCUGGAGCCGCCUGGCCGUCCGGCGCCCGCUGGGCCGGAACCUCGUCCGAAACCCCUGCGGGACAGACCACUUCCAGCAUUGGACGGUCCAAAUUCCUGGGUGGAAUGACGGGUGGAACGUGGAAGAGAGCAGGGCCCGGCUGGAAGGCGCGGAGGCCCAGACCUGCUUUGCCUCCUCCUUUGGGUGGUGUCAGAAGGAGCAGAUGAUCGAUUUGCUGAAGGAGGGUUUCUGGCGGGAUCUGCUGGACACUUACCAGCCUGAUAUCGUGGUCUCUGACUGGUGGGGUGGCCGUCAGGACUGCGGCUGUGAAUACGAGCUCUAUGUUGUCCUCUUGGCAGCUAAUAAAAAAAGGAAGAUUGAUGUUUUUGAAGCCAAACCAGAUCCCAUCCCUCAGUGGAAUGACGCCUCGUACCAAAAGGUAACCCACACAUUCAGAAGAUACGGCCCCGGAGUCCGCUACAUACUUUUUAGACACAGAGGGAAAGACACGCAGUUCUGGGCAGGACACUAUGGUGCCCGGGUGACAAACUCUUCUGUCAUCAUCCGCUUUUCCUCGGAGUCUGCAGAAUCCCUGGAGCCUGAGCUGUCUUCCCAGCACCCCAGCCCCGUUUUGCCUCCAAAAUCGCAUUUCUGAACUGGCGAAAAAUGAGUAAGAGGAAUCCCAGGCAUAUUCCGUCCCUAACUUUAAAAUGCAGGUAGCCCUUGGCUUACCACUGUUUAGUGACCAAAUUUACAACGGCACUGAAAAAGAUGACCUCAGACCAAUUUCCAUAGUGAUGAGCAUUGCAGGAUCCCCACGGUCGGCUGAUCAAAAUUCACAUGGCUCAGCAAAUGGUUCAUAUUUCUGACGGUUGCAGUGUCCCGGAAUCAAGUGUUUAUCUUUUGUGACCUCCUGACCAACAAAGCCAGAUUCACUUAACAACGGUGUUACUGAUUUAAAAACUGGAGUGAUUCACUUAAUAAAUGUGGCAAGAAAUGUCGUAAAAUGGGGCAAAACUCACUAAACACGUUUCUCACUUAGCAACGACGUUUUGCCUGAACUGUAGUUGUAAGGGGAGGACUAUCUUUAAGCCACAGGUGUCAAACUCAAUCGCGUCAUGUGACGUAUCGCGACCUUCUUUGCCUUUGGGGAGCUGGGGUGGGCGUGGCCUGUGCAUGAUGCAUCUGGCGUGUAGGCCGCCAGUUCGACACCCCGGAAAGUUGUCAACCGUUCUGUCAUUAAUGCAGUAUACUUUAUAUAUUGUGCUGGUUGAGGAAUUCUGGGAGUUGAAGUCCAGAAAUCUUAAAAGUUGCGAAGGUUGGAGACCCCGGUUCUACUUCCUCUCAGUGGUGGUUGUCCGUAGUUAUCAAAGCAAAAGAUACUACAUCAAUAUGUUUUCGUUUCAAGCAGGGGGAGAAAUGUGCCCCUUCCUCCCUCCCUUCACCCCAUGCAGGAUUAAUUGUAUCCUUGAGAAAAAUGUUAUUCUGAAAAAUGGUACCAAAUAUACUUGUGAAUGAGUGGAGAAUUUUAAAUGCCUGAAUACAUCUCCCAAAUUUCUUUGGCUUGUCCAUGAGACUAUACGGAAAUAUAAAUAUUUGUGUACCCUGCAUGUACUUGUGGAUAAGCUGACCCUUGAAUUUUUAAUCAAAAUAGCAUGAAAAAUGGAUAAUCCCUGGAUUACCUAUGGAUAAGCCAAUUAUGAAAAUUAAAUACGAAUAUUUUAAGGGUCAGCUUAUCUGCAGGUGGUGCAUUUUUUAUUGUAUUUUGAUUUUUGAGGGUCAGCUGAUGCGCUGGUUUUAACUGCAACUGUAUGGUAUAUUCACUAUUUAAGAAAUAAUGUCGACCUCCUUAAAAAGCUUUGAAAGCUCCAGUCAAUUCCCGCAGGCACGCAUAUGCGCACGCACACCCUGUCAGGACUGCCAUGCUUCGCCAGAUGCCAGUCUGCCAUAAGCAAAGGGGGGAGGGAGCUGCAGGAAGGGGGAGGGUAACGGGAAUUGUAACUCCUCUUCUGCCCUCUUGUGGGAGCUGCUGGCCGUUCCAAGCUCAUGGAAGGGGAUAGGAGACCAUCCAGCCUGCCAAACCCAGGGACUUCUACCAAAACAAUUGGUUUGGAUGUAAUCGGACAGUUUAAGAUAACCAGGAGGACGGUGGGCAGAAGGGAAAAUUAACCAGAUGCUUUGGGUGCAAAACUUCAGAUCCGGCUUUGCUUCUCUGUAACAACUGGGCUUUAGUAAAGUGCACUUUCCUUUACAACA